AGAAAGCCAGAAAUCACCCCAGGCCACCGCUACUUCUCACGAUGAUCAUGAGAUCUUGUCUGGGAACAAUGCCGCCUGUUUUGACCCAGCCGUCGAUGCCCUGGCUGCUUCUGUUGUAAGGCAAGGGGCAAGGCCGAAAGGCAGGCCUUCGAGCUUGGGGGUCUGACUGCUUUUCCUGCUUUGAGAGAGUGGAGGAGGUGGGUGAGCCUGAGCUGCUCUCCCUCCCCUCCCUUCCAGAAGGAACCCAUAGGCAAAAUCUUCUCCGUGCCCUGCAGUUCUCACUGCACUCCCCGCUGGCUGCCGGGCAGGGCCAGCCAUCCUUCCUGCCAGGGCCCCAGGGCCUCACCUCGCUCGUCCCGAGGUGAGACAGAGGCCUCCCUCGCGGCGGGGGACAAAAUGGCGUCGGGGAGAGGGGAAACAGCUGCCCUUCACCUCCAGCUGCAGGGGGCUGCCGAGCCGAGCCCACGGCCGGCCAUGAAGAUGGAGGACAGGGCCACGCAAGAGAUGGGGCGAGGAGGGGUCUCGCGCUUCCUUCAGAUCGGCUCCACGCGGGAGUUCUUAUCUGGAGAGUCCUCACGCCACGUCAAGCAGGAGCCGGAUGAACUUCUCCCGCCCCAUCACUGGGCUCCCCCCAGGCAGGAGUUUUCUCCAUCGGGGUGGAGAAACCCAGCUCUACCCAAGCCCCUGACGUGGGACAAUAGCUCUUUCCAGGCCCCAUACGAGACUCCGGGCAAUUCGAGCCCCUGGCCCUCGGGAGGAUGGGGAGGCCAGACUCUGGCCAGCCUGAGCAGGGGGACUCAAACGGUCUACAACGUCCAGGAGCAGCGAGAACGGAGGAGCCACGGGGGCCUCAAGGAGGAGCCUCCGAACGAAGGGACGGUCGGCGUGGAGAUCCUGCGCCAGCGUUUCCGGCGGCAUCGCUACCGAGAGGCUGAGGGACCCCGCGAAGCCUGCAGGCAGCUGCAGGAGCUUUGCCACGAGUGGCUCCGGCCAGAGAGGAACACCAAGGAGCAGAUCCUGGAGCUGCUGAUCCUGGAGCAAUUUUUGACCAUCCUUCCCCAGGAGAUGCAGAGCUGGGUCCGGGAACGGAGGCCGGAGAGCUGCAGCCAAGCAGUGGCCUUUUCAGAAGAGUUCCUGGCGCGGCAGAGAGAGACCCAAAGGAAAGAGCCACAGGUGAUGUGGUCCUUCGAGGACUUGAUGUUGAAUCCUACCCGGCCACCACCUGCCCAGUAUUCUGCCCUGUCACAGCAGGUCCAUUACCCCGCGGUGGCGCUGCCCAUGCAGUACCCACCCUUAGCCCCCCAGUCUCCGUACCCGGCCAUCGGACAGCCAGCCCCCCAUCCCACUGUGGCGGAGCGAGUGCCGGCGGAUGCUCGGCAGAGGAUGCUCGGCAGGAAGUCGGCGUCCGACGACGGCGCCACCCUCCGCCCUUACGGUCCCAUCCAGGAGUUCCGGAGGCCCCUCACCAACGCCGAGCGGAUGAGGAAUCGGAGGAUGAGGAACCGGAAGCAGCGCUUGGAGACCAGCAUGCAGCUGGUGGAGUCGGCCUCCCGGGCCCCCUCCAUGCUGUUGGAUGCCAUGCGGGGCCUGCACUGUCACGACCUGAAGGCCUUUGACAGGGCCAGGCAGGAGGAGAGGCAGCACCGCAAGCAGGAACGGCGGCAGGAUCGAGCCACGGCGCAGCUGAUGGUCGACGCCAUCAAACGCUCCCACAGUGACCUGGGGGAAUUCCUGGGAAGGCAGACCUCCGCCAUGGCUGCCAUCGCGGAGGUCUUUACGGGCCAGAAGUCGCCCGCCCAGAGCACCUACACCAACCCCAGCUCUUACUCAGGGUAUGGCAACCCGCCCUGGGGUCCCCCAGAACCUGGAGCUCCAGUACCGUCCGGCCACGUCCCUGGCAUGCCUUCCGAGCCGGUCGCCGGUCCUGUCAUUCCCUGCCCGGUGCCUCCGGUGGCCCUGCCUGGGGGCAGCGGUGACCCAGUCCCGGAGCCGUCUCCCACCGCUGGACCAAGCGAGGCUGCUGCGCCCGAUUCCCCAAAGCCUUCCACCUCUGAUGCCACUUCCUGUGGCCUUGAGGCCAGGCCCAGCAGGGGCACGAAAAGGAAGACAUGGGACUGAGGACCCAUAACUUUUAUAUAUAUAUAGGUUUUUUUUUCCUUAGAGCAAUUCCAUUUCCUGUUGCCAGCUUGGCAAAUUCCACCACGUCUCCCUGCCUUUAGCGUGUUAGGCGGACAUCCCAUCUUAAUCUAUGCAAGGAAGCCUGAGGCAAUGCUUCAGGCCCAUAGGAAGGAUUGCCGCGGGCUUCUGAGCCCCCGGGAUGGCAGAUGGCAGUAAAAGAGAGAAAGCCGCAGAGCGCUUGAUCUGUCGGAGGUGGAUUUAGGGCAAGGAAGUUGCAUCUGCCCAUCUGCAAAAUAGGAAUAAUCAACCCACGUUUACAUAGUCACUUAAAAGCAGAUACCCUCAAGGUCAUUUUACUUCUCCGGUAAUUAAAAGAAGGAGGUGAAAAUCG